AUGUCACCGUCUAUACUUUGCCCGAUGCAGCCGUUGACGCGCGUAUCCAGCGGCUUCAGAUGGCUGUUGAGUCGCCCUCUCGCGCUCCCCGUCAAGCUUCUCCUAGUGCCCGCUGGACGCCACCGUCGAUACCGAUUGCUGGGCUGCAAAGUCUGCAGCGGCCCGCCUCACUGCGCUACUGCUCACUGCACGUCUGUGCACCGCCAACCUUCCUCUCCUCGCCUCUUCUCCGCCGCGCCAUCCCACCACGUGCCUCUCCUAAGCGGCAUUCCAACUCCCACCGCGCGUUUCUCCUCGCCAUCUCACCGCGCGCCUCUGCUCUGUGCCAUCCCUCCGCGCGCCUCUCCUCCGCGCCUUCCCUCCGCGCGCCUCUCCUCUGCGCCAUCCCACCACGCGCUUCUCCUCCGCGCCAUCCCACCACGCGCCUCUCCUUUGCGCCCCUCAUUUCCCCCGCCGUGUUCGCCGCUUCGCAGUGUUUUCGUGCGCCCCCACAUAUCCGCUUCACCCCAGCCAAUCCCCGCUUCGUCCUACUCUUUUGCACCCUCCUCCCCCCUCCCCCCUUCCCUGCCUCCCCUCCUACCUGCCUCCCCUCCUCCCCACCUCUCCUCCGCCCCUCCUUGCCUCCCUUCCUCCCCUCCUCCCCACCUCUCCUCCUCCCUUCCUCCCCACCUCUCCUCCUCCUCUCCUCCCCACCUCUCCUCCUCCCCUCCUCCCCACCUCUCGUCAUCCCCUCCUGUUCCCUCCCUGCAUCGCCACGCCCCCGCUCCCCGCCCCCUCGUGCAGGUGGCGGCGGGGGUGUUGGGCCGACUGCUGGACGCGGCUCAGCAGCCGCACUCGCUCUUUGAGGUGGCGGCGGUGGUAACGCAGCCGCCGUCCAGCCGGGGCAGGGGGCGCACUAAAGGACAGCUGCAGCCGACCGCCGUGGGACAGCUGGCAGCAGAUCGCGGCCUGCCGCCCGACCGUAUCCUCUCGCCUGCCACGGCUCGCGAUCCCGCCUUCCUAGAGGCGCUGAAGCACCUGCAGCCAGACAUGUGCAUCACUGCAGCAUAUGGAAACUUCCUCCCGUCUUCCUUCCUCUCUAUCCCGCUCCAAGGCACUGUGAACAUUCACCCCAGCCUGCUCCCCAAGUUCAGAGGAGCAUCGCCCGUGCAGCGAGCACUGGAGCAAGGGGUGGCAGAGACAGGAGUGACAGUGGCGUACACGGUGCUGCAGAUGGAUGCAGGCCCCAUCAUCGCACAGGAGCGGGUGCUGGUAGCGGAUGACGUGCAAGCACCUGAACUGCUCAACGACCUCUUUCAUCGGGGCACGCACCUGCUACUGCAGCAUCUGCCCGCCGUGCUGGAUGGCUCUGCGGCUGCCACUGCGACGCCGCAAGACGACUCCCAAGCUACCCACGCGGCUAAGGUGGCAGCAGAGGAGGGCAUUCUCAACUUCUCUCUGCCAGCCCUCACUCUGCACAACAAGGUUCGGGCGUUCCCCCCCUGGCCCGGCACCCGAGCCUCCUUCCUAACCAAGGACCCAGUGACGGGCGACGUGGACAACGUCUCUCUCAAGCUCCUCCGCACGCGGCCCCGCCCCGCUACCCCCGCCUCCUCCCCACCAUCCCCCGCGGUGGCACCGGAGGAGGUGGAGGAGGUGUGGCUGGAGGGGCAGGCCAUGCUUGUUCCGUGCAGUGAUGGAUCUGUGCUUGAGGUGCUGGAGGUGCAGCCAGAGAGCAAACGACCAAUGACAGCCAAGCAGUUCUGGAACGGCCUCCGCAACCGCAAGCUCUACCGCCCUGCUUGA